ACAAAAACCCUUUAACUUACCAUUAAAGUAUCUUACUUUCUUAUAGAGCUAUAUAACGUUCGUUGUUUAUGCUUACUACGGAUAUAUAAAUAUGCAGUUAAAGCAUAUGAAAACUCUGUUGGACCCGCAGAUCGGUGCAUCGAAGAUCUGUUGCUUAGCUUGGUCACCAAACAACAGCAAACUUGCAGUGUGUACUUCAGAUAGAGUGAUUUUAUUGUACGAUGAAAAUGGCGAAAGAAGAGAUAAGUUUUCAUCAAAGCCAAUUGAUUCAAAAUACGGAAAAAAGAGUUACUCAGUGAAGGCGAUUGCUUUUUCACCAUGUUCCACCAAGAUAGCACUUGGUCAAACUGAUAAUAUCAUCUAUGUUUAUAAGAUAGGGGAAGAAUGGGGAGAUAAAAAAGUGAUUUGCAACAAGUUUGUACAAACGAGUGCAAUUACAUGUUUAAUAUGGCCAAUGGAAAAUGCUAUUGUGUUUGGUUUAGCAGAAGGUAAGGUUAGACUCGCCAACACAAGGAACAACAAAUCGUCCACAAUUUAUGGAACGGAGUCUUAUGUUGUUUCACUUACAAACAACCAAUCAGGCAAAGGAAUAAUAUCAGGCCAUGCUGACGGAACUUUGGUUCGAUAUUUCUUUGAUGAUGAAGGAAGUGGCGAAUCCCAGGGCAAAAUUUUGACCCAUUCAUGUCCACCAUAUGCCCUUGCAUGGGCUACAUCAAGCAUUGUAGUAGCAGGCUGCGACAGACGUGUUGUGGUGUAUAAUAAAGAAAGCAGACCGAUUCAAAACUUUGAUUAUUCCCGGGAUGAAACUGAAAAAGAAUUUAUGGUCGCAACUGUAAAUCCUGGUGGACAAAGUGUUGUCAUUGGGAGUUAUGAUAGGUUGCGCUUGUUUAACUACAGCCCUAGACGCGGCUCGUGGGACGAAGCAAAGAAAAAAGAAAUCAAAAACCUCUACACCAUAACUGCGUUAUCGUGGAAAAGAGAUGGAUCUCGGUUAUGCGCUGGGACACUAUGUGGGGCUGUGGAGCUGUUCGACUGUUGUCUUCGUCGUUCAAUUUAUAAAAACAAGUUUGAAAUGACCUAUGUAGGACUUUCACAGGUGAUUGUGAAAAACUUAAGCACCGGAACCAGAGUUGUUUUGAAGUCUCAUUAUGGUUAUGAGAUUGAUGAAGUAAAAAUUCUGGGUGGUGAUCGAUAUUUAGUUGGUCAUACAUCAGAUACCUUGUUACUUGGCGAUCUGUUGACCAAUCGCUUAUCUGAAGUUACUUGGCAAGGCAGUGGGGGAAACGAAAAGUUUUUCUUUGAAAAUGAAAACGUCUGCAUGAUUUUCAAUGCAGGUGAACUGAGUUUGGUUGAAUAUGGAAGCAACGAGGUUCUGGGUUCAGUUCGCACAGAGAUGAUGAAUCCGCAUCUUAUAAGUGUGAGGCUGAACGAACGACAACAUUCACAUAAAGUCUUUGAAAAUAAUAAGAAGAUGGCGUAUUUGAUUGAUGCCCAAACUAUAUCCAUUCUUGACCUUUCAACCUCUUAUUCUGUUGCUACAAUUCAACACAACUCAAAGCUGGAUUGGCUGGAACUGAAUGAGACAGCUGGAAAACUUGUAUUUCGUGAUAAAAGAUUGAGGCUUCAUCUAUAUGAUCUUGAAAGAGAAGCCAAAACAACAUUGCUUAACUACUGUUCGUUUGUGCAGUGGGUUCCUCAAAGCGAUGUUCUGGUCGCACAAAAUCGCGAAAGUUUAUGUGUUUGGUAUAACGUUGACGCACCCGAACGUGUCACCAUGUUUCCUGUGAAAGGAGAAGUUUUGGAGGUUGAAAGAACUGAAGGAAAGACUGAGGUGUUAGUUCAAGAGGGAGUAAACACAAUCGGAUAUACUCUCGAUGAAGGUUUGAUUGAGUUUGGAACAGCCAUUGAUGAUGGAGAUUUUAACAGAGCAACUUCAUUUCUGGAAACACUGGAAAUGUCUCCUGAAACUGAAGCAAUGUGGAAAACUUUGAGUAAAUUGUCGCUUGCUGGUAGACAACUUAUUAUUGCUGAAAGAUGCUUUGCUGCACUUGGAGAUGUAUCUAAAGCAAGAUUCUUGAAGGAAUUAAACAAAAUGGCCGAACAAUAUGCUUCAGAAACAUCUGAAGAUGGUGUGGAAUACUACAAAGUACAAGCUAGACUCGCUAUCUUGGAAAAACAAUUCAAAAAAGCUGAGCAGAUCUACCUUGAAAACGGCGAGUUGAAUGAAUGUAUUCAGUUCUACCAGGAAAUGCAUAUGUGGGACGAAGCAAUUGCACUUGCUGAAACUAAGAAUCAUCCAGAGUUGGCAAGUCUUCGUAACAGUUACUACCAGUGGUUGAUUGACACCAACCAAGAUGAAUCUGCGGGGUUAUUAAAGGAACAACAAGGAGACUGGCACGGUGCCAUUGCCUUAUAUAUGAAAGCUGGUCUCCCUGCAAGAGCUGCUAAACUAAGUCUUUCAAGAUCGGAUUUGAUGUCAAAUCGCAAUUUAAUGGAACAAAUCGCAUCCGGUUUGCUUAAGUACGACUUGAAUGAACAGGCUGGAGAAUUGUUCGAAAAAACAGGGAACUUUCAGCAUGCGUUGGAUUGUUACAGAAGAGACAAAGCUUUUAGGCGUGCAGUUGAUUUAGCUCGCUCAUCUUUUCCAUCGGAAGUUGUGAGACUUGAGUUUGAAUGGGCAGAAUAUCUUGCUUCACAGAAACAACUCGAUGCAGCUAUCAACCACUACAUUGAAGCUGGAGCAACAGAAAAGGCUGUUGAAUCUGCUAUUGCAGCUCGCCAGUUUAAAAAGGCGAUUCUAAUUUUAGAAGCUCAAGAUCCUGCUAUGAGUAGAAAGUACUAUCACCAAAUUGGGGAACAUUAUUCACAAACAAAUGACCAAGAAAUGGCGGCAAGGCUGUACAUGAAAGCUGGUUCAAGAAACGAAGCCGUUAAGUUGCUGUUAGCAUCAGAGCAAUGGAUGGAGGCACACACGCUUGCGCAAACAUGUAUGGAACCUGAAGAAAUAACUUCUAUGUAUGUUAACACUGCACAAGAACAAGAAGCUAAGGGAAAAUAUAGAGAAGCAGAAAGAUUGUAUUUAACUGUGGAAGAACCUGACCUAGCGAUAACGAUGCAUAAAAAUUUACGACGAUACGAUGAUAUGUUACGACUGGUUAGAGACUACCACCCUGAUUUAAUUAACGACACACAUCUGCACCUUGCUAAGGAGUUAGAAAAUGAAGGGUUAUUGCAACAAGCGGAGAAACAUUUUAUUGAACCCGGUGAAUGGAAGAAUGCAGUGAACAUGUACAGGCAGAGAGAUAUGUGGGAAGAUGCUUACAGGGUUGCUAAGGCUCAUGGUGGGGCAGCUCAUAAGCAGGUUGCAUAUUUAUGGGCGAGAUCUCUUGGUGGAGAUUCUGCUGUAAAACUUCUCACCAAGUUUGGAUUAUUGGAAACAGCAAUUGAUUACGCAGCAGAUAACUGUGCGUUUGAUUUUGCGUUCGAACUGGUCCGCGCAGGCAUGCAGGGCAAAGCACCGGAUUUACAUCUAAAACACGCCAUGUUUCUUGAGGAUGAAGGAAAAUUUCCAGAAGCUGAACAAGAAUUUAUUAAAGCUGGUAAACCAAAAGAAGCAGUGCUUAUGUACGUUCACAACCAAGACUGGGAAGGAGCUCAAAGGGUUGCCGAACAAUAUGAACCGGAUUCGGUCAAUGAUGUUCUUAUUGGACAAGCUAGAAUUGCUUUUGAACAAAAGGAAUUUCAACAAGCUGAAGCAUAUUUGUUGCGUGCACAACGACCUGAUCUUACAGUAAAAUAUUACAGAGAUGCUGGUUUAUGGAAUGAAGCAUUAAGAACUGCACGUGAAUAUCUUCCAUCUAAGUUUGAUGCUUUACAACGAGAAUAUGAGAGAGAAAUGACAAGAAAGGGACCAAGUGGUGUUGAAGGCAUGGUAAAACAAGCGCAAGAAUGGGAAUCACAAGGAGAUUAUAAUCAAGCUAUAUCUUGUUACUGCAAAGUAACUAGUGAUAUGACAAAUGAUAACAGAAUCCUUGAAAAAUGUUGGGGCAAAGCCACAGAUCUUGCUUUGAAGUUUCUAACUUUGCAAAAGUCAACUGCAGUUAUUGAAUUAAUUGCACCGAAGUUUAUUCGUUUGCAACGACAUGCUAAGGCUGCCGAGUUGUACGUUCAAGUAGACAUGAUACAAGAAGCUGCUGAUGCUUUCAUGGAGGGGGGAGAGUUCCAGAAAGCAAAAGGCGUCUGCCGAGAUUACGCACCGGAACUUGAAAACUAUGUUGAUGCGAAAUAUAAGGAACAUCUGAAGCACCAUGGAGAUACUAAAACUAUGGCUUCUGUUGAUGUUAUAGCUGCAUUGGAUAUGUAUGUGGAGAAAGGACAGUGGGAGAAAUGCAUUGAAACUGCUGAAAAACAGAGCCACGCUGUGCUACACAAAUAUGUUGCAUUAUAUGCUGCACAGCUUCUUAAGGAGGAUAAAGCACUUCCUGUGCUUGAGUUAUACGCUCAACAUGGUGCUCCCGCUAACCCACAAAACUUCAACAUAUACAAACGUAUAUCCAAUGAUAUAAUGUCCUCACCAAAUAUGAAUAAUUACAAAGUGUGGGCAAUGCUGCGUGAUAUGCUGCAUGGUUUGACACAGAACUUGGAGCAAACAAACCAAACCAACCAACCAAGUUAUAAUGAGUUCAUGACGUUAAUGUUUAUUUCACAUUACUAUGCUGUAAGGUGUGCAUGUGGAGAGCAGAGUGGAAUGGGGGAAAUCAUUUACAAGAUUUCCACAUCAUUGCUACGUUAUACAUCACAUGUACCAGCAGAUAAAGCAUUUUACGAAGCUGGUUUGUAUUGUAAAGCGAAUGAUCAACUGAAUAUGGCAUUCGUGUUUUGGAACAGGUACCUUGAUCUAUCUGAAGCAAUAGAGGAAGGCUCAUUAGAUUUGAUUGACAACUCAGAUUUCCAGGAGACGGACAUUCCAUUUGAAGUUCCACUCCCUGACAAACAAUAUUUAAAUGAAGCAGAAAGAGAAGAAGUUCGAGAAUGGGUUCUUGCUGUUUCUAUGGAUAAUAAGGUGGAACAGGAAUUACCAUUAGAUGAACGAGAUACAUUUGAAGGCAAUUUACUUGCACAUAAUACUGUGAGGGCUGUGCCAUGCAUUGUAACAGGUUACCCUGUUCUGCGUAACAAAGUAGAUUUCAAGUUAGAUGCGCAUGCAGCUAACCGUGACGACUGGCAAAAGCUCGGAAUGGUUGCAAAAAUGACGUCAUCCUGGUCACUUCAAGAUGUGCUGAGAUUUAUAAACCAACUGAGCGGUGGACCAACUUCAGCGGGCGCUGCGUUCAGAUAGAUGUUCUCUUUUGUUUUUCUGCUGUUUUAGUUGUUGUAGCAAUCUGUUAGUUUUUGAGAUAAAUGUAUUUUACUUUUA